AUGACCUCGUCAAGAGCACACAAUUACAGCUUUUCCCUGCAGAAGUAUAUGCUCCUGCAGGAACAGCACGAGGAGCUCUGCAACUACCUCGAUCAGAACCGCCCUCGCCUGUCCUCGAUGGGCAGUGGCUCCCCGUAUUCUUCUCCCGCGACAUCGCCGACUCAAUCUUCCUCAUCCUUGCCGCCGAAACAGCAUCCUCGCCGCAGCGAGCGUAGACAUUCCCAGGCACAUGCCCGCUACAGCAGCUGGGACGAUGUCCACUGGGGCUCCGAUCGCCUCGACACCAUCCCUGACGAGACGAUGUAUGAGAACUCGGCCGAGGAGCAGCGCCUCUUCAACGUCAACGAGAGCAUCAAGCGCGAGCUGACCGAGCUCCUCAACUGCGAGACCGUCCGCAGUAACGCGGCGUUUCGCAUGUGGGUGCAGGCACGGCUGAUGGAGACGGAGAAGGAGCUGCGGUCAGGACGCCGAAGACGAAACUCGGCGAGCGUGGACUGA